AUGCCACGAUCGUUUCUGGUGAAAAGUAAGAGGGCGGGGCAUCACUCCACACGCUCCACCCACUCUCAGCAUCAGCAUCAUGAUGGAUGGACGUCCAGCAGUCGCUCUGCGGCUCUGGAGCUGCUGCCCUGCACAUCCACUGAGAGCAGCCGAACCCAUAACAGCACUGAUGGAGCUGGAGCUGAACCCGAACCCUGGCCUUCAUCCACUGCAGUGAAGCAGUCUGGAGUUUGUCCAUUGUCUAACCUAUCAUGCUCUGCUGCGGUGGAGAGAAAGAGCGAGCUGGAGCGUCUGAUUCAGGCUUUACUCAGUCACCAUCAGCUCAGCAACGUCCAGACGCCGCUGUGUGAAUGUCCACACUGUGAGAAGCUCCUGUCCUCUGCUGUGGGUUUGACAUCGCACUUGUGCGAGUCACAUAUCAACAGGGCUGCUCUCCCAUUGGCCGGCUCCCUGGGCCAUGCCCAACAGCCUUAUGGGUACAGACCAGGAAUACUGAGGGUGAGAGAGCGGAGUUUUGGUUGUAAGGUUUGUGGGAAGGUGUUUAAGAGGUCGUCGACUCUCUCCACACACCUGCUCAUUCACUCUGACACGCGGCCGUUCCCGUGUCCCUACUGCGGAAAGAGGUUCCACCAGAAGUCCGAUAUGAAGAAACAUACAUUUAUACACACAGGUGAGAAGCCUCAUGUGUGCGUGGUGUGCGGUAAAGCAUUCAGUCAGAGCUCCAAUCUGAUCACUCACAGCAGAAAACACAGCAGCUACCAGCCGUUCAGCUGCUCGCACUGCCCUCUCAGCUUCCAGAGGAGACUGGAACUACAGCGCCACCUACAGACACACUCGCAGAACGACAGCGGAUUGUACCAUGGGACCUGAAAGAGACCAGCUGCACACAAACAACUUGGGUAGCUCAUUGUACAGGGGUCUUGUUAUAUUUUACCCAAAAGCCCACUAUAUGUAAUGCUUGAGAAAGAUGUCUGCACCAAAACAAACGUUUGCUCAUGUAUAUCUAACUUUAUUGCACACAAUGCAUUGUGAAAUAUGUAAACACUUCUAGCAGGUUACACUGUAGAAAUAUAGCUUCCAAGACUUAUGAUUGGCUGCUCGUGGUUGUGAUGUCAUAAUCACGGAACGUUUUUAUCAUGGAACAUUUAAGGAACAAUAAUCACUCUGUAUAUAAUAUGCCAUUUAAUAAUAAACACGUAGCAAUGCAACAGA